CAUUUCGUGUGUCUGUUUCAAGGUGAUAGUGAGCCGUGAGCGGAUCUUUACCCUCUGAGCGCAAACAGCCUUGAAUUGUUCCCCAUUUUUAACUGUUAAGCUCCCGGUGAGUAUUUUUAAACGAGAGAUAUUUUUCCCCCUCCUUUUUUUGGUUAUUUUUUUCCUGACCUUGAAGCGUCUUCGGGAUGUUUUUUGGUUUUUCUUUCAUUUUUAAAGGGAUUUUUGUGUCUCUCCCCUCCUCAGACUGCGUUUGGCGUUUCAGUGGCGUUCAUUUUGUGAUGGCUGCAGCGACAAUCCGCGCACAAAAGCUAGUUUUCAGCUGAUAUUUUGAUUUAUGUUGGCGGAAAUAAGACAUUUUGCAGAGCUGGGAUGCUGUGGUGUCGUUUUGUCUGGUUGUGGUCUCAGGAUUUUUGGACUGUGGUUAAACAUUGAUCUUUCCCCCGUUUUUAUUUUAUUUAUUUUCCUGGAAAGACGUUUUUAAGUUUUGUUUUUUUUUUAUUCCUACUUGAUUUGCAGUGUUGACAUUGAGACUUUCUUUUUUUAAUUGAUCCUUGUGGUUUUGCAGCUGGUGUAUUUUCACAGGAAACAUGUUUUGAUCCUCUCUCAGAGAAAAUGAGGAUUUUUUUCUGAACACAGCAGCAUUUUGUUGUUUGUACUGUCACAGAUGGGAUAUUUUUUCUUAUUCCUGCCUCAUUAUUUGUGCAUUUUGGUAAUUUUGCAGGUUUUUUCUUUACUUCCAGUAAGCUCACUGAGAAACUAAAGGAUUUACUUUGAGUGAAAACGUCUCAUUUCACUUCCUUUAAGAAAAAUCCUCUCAAAAGUUAUACAUCAGUAAGAUUCAAAAUUUUUUGCAGCUGUAUAAAAUCUACACUUCUAAAUUAUUAAUCUUAUUAUUACAGAAACACUGAAACUGUUUAAAUUUCCACUCAGACUAGUGAUAGAAACUAGUGAGAUUUUGUGAUCCUCUUGUGACCUCUGACCUCUAUGCGCUCUGAAGCGGUCUUGAACAUGAGUCCCUGCAGGGGGCGCUCUCCUGCUGUCCCAGCCCCCCCACAGAGAGGAGGACCUCCACUUCUACCCCUCUACCUCCAUCGUUUUUGAAGCCACUUUUUUCGGCAGCGGCGAAUCGAGCAGAAAGGUUUAAACCUUUUCUGACGUCGUCUUCUCCUGUCCGGCAGAGGGAGACGGGCUGAUCCCCCCCCCCCCCGGCACACACACCAUGGACUGGUCGUCCUCCUCCUCCUCCAGCCUGCUGUCCAGCAGCAACGUGACCAACAAGACCGACCCGCGCUCGCUCAACUCCCGCGUCUUCAUCGGCAACCUCAACACCCUGCUGGUCACCAAGGCCGACGUGGAGGCCAUCUUCUCCAAGUACGGCAAGGUGCUGGGCUGCUCCGUGCACAAGGGCUACGCCUUCGUGCAGUACGUCAGCGAGAGGAACGCCCGGGCCGCCGUGGCCGGCGAGGACGGCCGCGUCAUCGUGGGACAGGUGCUAGACAUCAACCUGGCCGGAGAACCCAAGCCUCACAGAUCCAAGACGGCCAAGCGUUCUGCAGGAGACAUGUACAGGUGUGGACCAUCUCCUCCUCCUCCUCCUCCUCCUCCUCCUCCUCCUCCCCCUCCUCCUCCUCCUCCUCCUCAUCAGGCUUCCUCCUCUCCCUGCAGCUCGUCUUUUGAUCUGGACUACGACUUCCAGAGGGAUUACUACGACAGAAUGUACUCCUACCAGUCGCGGGUCCCUCCCCCGCCGCCGCCGCCGCUGUCCCGCGCCGUCGUGCCCUCCAAGCGGCCCCGGGUCAGCCUGAGCAGUGGCGGCGGCGGCGGCGGCGGCGGCGGCGGCGGCGGCGGCAGCCGGAGAACCAAGACCAGCUUCUCGUCCUCCAAGAGCAGCCAGAGGACUUCACGCUCAGUGAAGGCAGACGACCUGCAGACCAUCAAGCGGGAGCUGACGCAGAUCAAACACAAGGUGGACUACCUGCUGGAGAGCCUGGAGCGCAUGGAGAAGGACCACAAGAAGUCCGCCGACCUGAAGGGCGUGAAGCCGGAGCCGGGCGAGGUGUCCCCCCUGCACUCGUCCACCUCCAGCAAGAAGGACGACGGCCUGAAGCGAGAGCGGGAGGAGCUGAACGACUCCGAGGAGGAGGAGGAAGAGGAGGACCGGCGGGACCCGCUGGAGGACGAGGACGGGAUGAAGAGCCGAGGACGGGAGGAGGAGGAGGAGGAGGGCGAGCAGGAGGAAGGAGAGGACGACGGCGACAGCGCCAACGGAGACCACUCCUGAAUCGGCCUGGCCGCUGUAGACGCCACUCCUCACACACACACACACACACACACACACGCUGGCACUUGUUUUUCUUUGCUAGAGUUACUUUUCCAAUCAACACAACAGUUUGUGUCACUGCAGCCAGGACGAGCUGCUGCACUGCCUCCUCCUGACCAGCAGGUGGCAGCGCAGCCCCACGCCUGGCCGCGACCCCGCGGUGCUGCUGUUCGUCUGAUCGGACAGCGUGCUGGACGUCCAUCACACACACACACAAACACACACACACACGCACACGCACACACUCUGAGGGGAGAGUGUGCUUCCUGUCCGCGACCUCACCGUGACCCCCGCUCCUGUCAUGCCUGUUUUCCGUUUCCUGCCUGCAUCGCGCUGCUGAAAGUGAAUAAACGUGUU